AGCAUUGGCAUUUCAAACUUGGACCACCUUGAGAGCUACUUAACAUCCCCAAGUACACGACCUCAUCUUUAUUUUCUAUCAUCCUCCUAAUUGUUCUUUUGCUACAACUUUCUUCUUCUUAUUCUUCUUGAUUGAGUAUGAAACAAAGCUCUGUUACCAUGGAGAAUCUUAUGGGUCUUCUCAGAGUUCAUAUUCAUAGAGGGGUUAACCUUGCUAUAAGAGAUGUCAGAAGCAGUGAUCCUUAUAUUGUCGUCAAAAUGGGCAAGCAGAAGUUGAAGACUCGUGUAGUCCAGAAAAAUGUAAAUCCUGAAUGGAAUGAAGAUUUAACGCUCACAAUUUCAGAUCCAAAUCUUCCAAUCAAACUGUUUGUGUAUGACAAAGACACAUUUAGUCUGGAUGACAAAAUGGGUGAUGCUGAGUUUGAGAUCGGUCCAUUCAUCGAAGCUCUACGUAGGAGUGUUGGAAACCUGCCAAACGGAACCAUAAUUUCGAAAAUACAACCAAACAGGCAAAACUGCUUGGCUGAAGAGAGCUGCAUUGUUUGGGAAGAUGGAAAGCUGGUGCAGAAGUUGUGCCUGAGACUGAAUCAUGUGGAGAGUGGUGAAGUGGAACUCAAAUUGCAGUGGAUUGAGAUUCCUGGAUCCAGAGGCCUUUAAGACUGUUGUUUAGUGCUAUGCUUAGUGUACAGCUGAGACUUGGAGGCAAUGCAUUUGCUUCAGCUGCUUUCUAUCGAAUGGUUAUGGAAUAGAGGAGAAAGAGGGAGAGAGAGAAGAACAGUGGUUUUUGUUUUAUUUCUUUUUUAUGCAAAUUACUAGAUUAUUAUUGGGCUAAUUUUAUCUUGUUGUAAUGAAAUGGCUGCAAAGCCUUAGAACAAUGUUUUAACUUUCUUGUGAACAAAUUAGGAAAUGUGUAAAUUUCAUGAAGUAAUUUCAAUCAGCAUGUGAAAUAUGCAAAAAAGUCUUGUAAGCAA